UAGUGCGGUUGGUACCCCUUCGCAAAUUGACACAGUCCUUCGUGUUCACCGAAGCAAAUCCCAGCAACCCCGCGGACACGCACGGCGAUGGGUGGCGGCGGCCUCCUCGACCUGGAGAAGCACUUCGCCUUCUACGGCGCGUACCACAGCAACCCGGUCAACGUGUUCAUCCACAUGCUAUUCGUCUGGCCCAUCUUCCUCACGACCGUCCUGCUCCUCCACAUCACAGCUCCUUCCGUCCACGCCGCCGCGGUGGCGGCCGCGAUCUACGGGACCUUCUACAUCUCCCUCGACCGCCGGUCGGGCGCCCUUGCUGCUCUACUCUGUUUCCUCUGCUGGGCUGCCAGCGCCGCCCUCGCCGCCCGGCUCGGUUUCUCCACCGGAUGGAAGGUUGUAUUGGUAACUCAGGUGUUCUGUUGGACUAUGCAAUUCGUUGGCCAUGGAGUUUUUGAGAAGCGAGCACCUGCUUUAUUUGACAAUCUUGCCCAGGCUCUCUUGAUGGCUCCAUUCUUUGUGCUUCUAGAGGUUCUUCAUGAGUUUGUUGGGUACGAGCCAUAUCCUGGCUUCCAUGCCAAUGUAAAAAAGUUGAUUGAUGCUAAACGCAAGGAGUGGGAGGAUAAGAAAGCAAAGAAAUUGUCCUGAGGUGUGGCCAACAACUCCUGAUGCUAUCUGCAUUGUGAAAAAGUAUCUGAUGAGAUCCACCCUGUUUGAUGUUGUGUUGUGUUACUGAAGAUAUACUGAACAGUGGAGUAAUAUGACCACCUACUUACUGGUGUUGAAGUUGUUUGUGAGUGUAUGUAAAGAACUGGAUUCGUCGUACUUAAUAAACGAAAUGACCGGCCCUGCAACAAAGUGCAAACACAGA